UGCAAGCAAAUCGCAACAAUGCCGUAAAAAUAUCAUAAAUCAGUCCGGAUACUAUACAGGAUACCAUGAUGGAUACAUUUUUGAUUCAAUUUUUCUUUGGACUAACUAUUGUCCUACACAAUGCCGCUGGAGACGAUAUGGGACUGCUUUCCAGCACAUUGCGUGCAUUUCGCACGUUUUGCUGUGACGAUGAUCUCCUGACACUGUCCUGUCCUAUUGGCACUAGCAUAUCCGUGGAACUGGUUCAAUAUGGUGCAAAAGAGGAAAACGAUACAGUGCAAUGUUCGUACAGUGAACUGGAUGGUCCCUAUUAUGCUCCAGAACCACCGCCAUCAUCAUCUCCUACUAGUAUAAUGGACAUUGUCCUACCGAAUAAUAACAUACUGAAUGCCAUGAACGAAAGCAUUACGAACUCUUCCGUCGACAGAACGAAGGACAAGUGUACCCCGCUUUACGUACUGCAGUACUCGAUCCUGCAGACGAUUGUUGAAACGUGUCAGAAAAAAAGACGCUGUCGGUUACAUGCUGCGCCGAAAAUAUUCGAAACAAGUCCCUGUCCUGGCAUACAUCGGCUGGUGGAGGUCAAUCACAAAUGCCGCCCAUUCGAAUUCCGAAGCUUGACUUCGUGCGAGAAGGACAUCGUUCGGUUGACUUGCGGCCAGUACACGCGUAUAGCGAUCUAUAGCGCCACCUACGGGCGGACGGCUUACGAGAGUUCUCAUUGUUCACAGGCAGCCUCUUCGCAAGAGCAGACAUGUCUCUCGGAGCACACGAGUCACACGUUGACGGAAAUUUGCCAGGGACGGCGGAAGUGUACGGUGGCAGUUGAAAGCUCAACAUUUGGCAAUCCCUGCCCGGAGAGCAUUCGGGUGUACCUAAAGGUGAUAUACGCCUGUGUUUCCAGGAACGUGUUCCGGGAGCGCUACAUUACGCCACUGGAGGAUGACGAACUGAACGAGCAACCAUUCGAGUCGGUUGAGCUGUAUGAUGAGGAAUUAACACCCGUUCCUAACCAGGUAGAGGACUCAGCGGCCAUAGGGAUCGGUGCCACCAAGAGCACCCUCAAAUACUUGAGCGAGUCAUCGAGGGUCAAAGCUGAAAACAUAGUCAACCGUAGCAAAGGCGGUGAGCUCUGGAACCGGAAAUUUGGCUCGCCACUUCUAGACGAGGGACAGUUGCUCAUCGUGAGUGUCGCGGUACUAUUCUUCUGUUGCAUCUGCCUAUCGUUCGGCGCGUUGCUGGCAUACAAAAUGAAAUUGUUUCCGUCCCGAACCGCAACGCGAUGCAUCAAAGCAUCAGAUUCGACCGAAAGCCACUCCACGCCAUCUAGCUACCGGCCGACGAGCGACGACUUUGACCUGGUAGACUGUGGGCCAGACCAGGUAAUCAUGGCCGAAAAGCUUACGGAGCAACAAUCAACACCGAACCAAGAAACCGAAGCCACAAGCUCCUUGUGCGGUACCGUCUGCACUAGCAACAGUAUUAAACAUCCAGCUUUCACCUUUGGUGACGUGGAACCAGGCCGCGGGGCGCAACUGUCGCAGAUCUCUACUACCAUGUUCAUUCUUCCAAACUAUCUGAUGACCGAAGCUCCGGUUGGCUUCCUGUCCAACAACCGCCGACCAUCUCGAUUGGCGCGAACAACUCUGGACGACAUUUCCGCACCGAAAACGUUACCACCAAGUGAGAGCCUGACCAUCACUCUUGCCAUGGCCGACAUCACGAGUCAACCGGGCUCCUACACCCAUCCCCAUCAUCCACAACAGCCGAACCACCAGCACCAAUCAGCGUACGGUGUUGAUUCCUGCUCGCAGUGUGCGGUCCUCGGUUUGCCUUCUGUUCCACCCACCGGAUCUACCCCUAUGUAUGGAGGGAUGGCUGGGCCGAAAGUUCUGCUGGCUACGGGAAAUACUUCCCUUGGGGCUACCAGCAACACCACAGUGUUACACCCGUAUCAGCACAAUCAAUCAUUAAAAUCGUCCCCGAGCGAUACUCCAGGGCAGCCUGAGGUGGUGGAGUUGUUGGUAGGCGCCUGUGACACGAAGGGCGCAGAAAUCACCCUGACCAAGUCGAAUUCUUUUUUAUGGCUGGGCUUGAAGAUCGGGCUGAUGUAAAGCUGUAGGGUAAAGCUGUCAAGAUCGACCUGUUCGAUAAUUCAUCGGGCAACCUUUUAAACCUUCCCGGUGCAUGUAUAUGCUUGCCAUAGUUCUGAUGGUCUCAUGGCGCUUCAGGAUUUAAACUUUUUUUUUUCAUCUCUUUCCUUCGUUACUACUCUGAUUCGUUCGUGAUGGUUCCGGAAGAGGCCGGAUUUAUUUUGGUAGCCCCAUUUCCUGAACUCUUUCACGUGUUGUACAUACAGGUUGAAGUGAGCCUGAACAACGCACCUCAGCCACUACCACACUAACAACAUUCAGCUUGACAGCUUUACCCGAACAUCCGUGACAAGUUUAUCGCCAAUUUGUCGAAACGAAACAUUCCGAAGCCAGAUUCGAAUCAAGGAAUGGGCGUCGUGCAGCAGAUAAAGUGAAUAGAGCGAAAUACGGCAAACGAUGACACAAUUUCAGUGGAAUUGUGUCUACUGCAAAUUGCGCAAAAACUCCUGAGUGAUAGAAAGGGAAAACCAUUCCGAAACAGGAGGAUUGUAGCAAUCUGGUAUUAUUUUUUCGUUCUAUCUCAACACCAGGCUUUGAAACGAGAACGAAUUCGUUGCUAUCUCAUGCUCUGUGCUCUAUCAUAUAGAGCAACAUCAAGUUCAGGUGCACCGGUACAAUAUCCAAACCGUUCCUUGGUAACGUCUCCGGCUAAGGAAGCUGUGUCGUCUACCAAAGCGUGAUGGCGACCGCUGUAGAUGGUUAAUUUGAACGUACUUUUUUCUGGAGCUUAAUAUAAUUCUUUUAGAUCAAUUUUGUACAUUAGCUCACAACAUAACA